AUACCAUUGGUCUGUGGGUGAUGACCGAAGUUGUUUUGGCUUCAAUAUGGAAGAACGGGAAGCAUUAAAGAGGCAGAUCGAACUGUUACAAAAUCUCAUCAAUAACCACAGCAAUGGCCAGACCAGUGCCCAACAAAAUGUUGCUCCUCAGAGUCUUGACAAUGGCCACAGAGCUGGACACCUCUCCAACUUGACUGCUGGCUCGCAGCCAUAUGCCACACGACCAGCAGGGUCUUGGAGGAAGACCUACUCUCUGAACAACAGAAGUGCAGGUGACAGGACAAGAGACCCUGCAGCACAGACACAGACACAUACAACCUCGCACACACUCACCGCUCCAAAGUCACUCACUGCCCCACAGACAAGCACAAUCUCUCAGACACACACAUCACUACAGAAGGGAGACUCCACGAGUAUCCCCAGUGCCAGAAAUCCACUUUCUGCAUCGAAGACUGCUACCUCAACUGCACACGUUCAGAUCAAACCUCAGCUCCACCCUUCAGUCAAUCCUCUUGUGGCGCCGGAUGGUCCUCAGGCUCGACCAAGCUCUUCGCCUGCGAGUAGUCUCCAUGCCAACCUUGCUCCUCCAAGUCGACACAAAACUGCCCCACCCAGCCAACCAAAAGGAGACUCCGCUAAACUACAGGCAGCUACAGCUCCCUUGAAAAAGUCCCAAUACCACUGGGUGAAGAGUCAAGAGACUGGCAUGAAAGCACCUGCCUCCUCCACAACACCAACUCGUCCCCAGCCCGCUUUAAAGACAUCUGCAGUCACCCAGACCUCCCUCAAGACUGCCACUCCCCAGGCUUCUUCCAGGACGUCUCCUGUGUCCCAGCAGGUCUCCUCAAAGAGAGCACCCAGCCCCAGCACACAGACACUCCAACGGUCAGUCGCCUCCGUAGGGCGGCCCAGGACUUCCAAAUACACUUGGGUGUCACACUCCACCCAAACCACCUCCGCAGCUAAACUGGCCCGGAAGCCCCUCUCUCCCCGAGUGCUUCAAGCCCCGCAGAGCCUGCCUGCCGUGGAUGGAGCCAGGCUCCGGAAAGGCAGAACCAAAGGUGGGGCGGGUGCGGCCACUGCCUCACAGACCCGCCUCAGCCGCUACAGCUGGAGAGCUGAGGGCACCAGCCCCGCGGCAAAGGGCUCCGUUUACCGCUGGACACCCCAAAAGGAGAGGGGACUUAAAGCUGGGCCGCUCUCCCUGAGCAGCACAGCCUCGCCCUGGGGCUUUAAACUCAGGAGCAGGAUGAAGAUCAUCAGGAGGACCCCCAACAGGCAAGUACAGGCACCUGUGAGGACCCCACCCAGCAGCAGACGAGGAAACCGGGCCUUGGUGUCCAUUGGCAGGCACAAGCUGCGCCUGGUCAGCCCCAGUCGCUCUGUUCCAGCCUCCUACCUCUCAGGCCCUGCUGUUCACCUUGCCCCGAGUCGGGUCCGAACGCGCUACCGGAUUGAUGCCAGGCGCUGGCACGCGCUCCCACACCAGCCCCACCCCAGUACGGCCCGCUCAUGGAGGUCCAGGAGAGUCCAGUCAGCCAGAAUGCUCCUGCAGAGUCGGCUGCGGAGUGCCCAAGAGCGGCACUGGAGGGGGGGGCGCAUGCGCUGGAUUGGAGGAGAGCUCUACCAGGUGUCGGCCAAUAAGCUGUCCCGCACGCAAGCCCCUGGCACAGCUACAAACAGGACAGGGAGACGCCUUUGGAUGCCUACCGCCACCUCCCCCACCGCAUUCAACCUCAACAGGACCUCCAGCACCCGCCACGUCGCCAGCCGUGUGGUCCAGAGGAGUCUGGCCAUCAUCCGUCAGGCCCAGCAGAAGAAGCAGCAGGCUCGUCAGUACUGCAUGUACUACAACCGCUUCGGCAAGUGCAACCGCGGCACCGCCUGUCCCUUCAUCCACGACCCGGAGAAGGUGGCCGUCUGCACCAGGUUCCUACGAGGAACGUGUAAGCAGACGGACGGCACCUGCCCCUUCUCACACAGAGUGUCCAGAGAAAAGAUGCCGGUGUGUUCGUACUAUCUGCGAGGGAUUUGCAAUAACAGCAGCUGCCCUUAUAGUCAUGUCUACGUGUCACGCAAAGCUGCCGUAUGUCAGGACUUCAUAAGAGGCUACUGCCCUCAAGGAGAGAAGUGUAAGAAGAAGCACACUCUGGUGUGUGCGGACUUCUCUGCGACAGGUGUGUGCCCACGUGGAUCCAAGUGUAAGCUGAAGCACCGACUCCGGAAGACGGCGGCUGCCAGCCAGGCCCAAAACAAGACCUCACCGGCUCUUCCUCCACCGCCUGCUAAAAAGGCACCCGCGAAAGCCUCCUCAAAAAAGCCAGACCAGAGUCAGGGCACAGUUACAGACUCAUCGUUCUCAGCAUCGUCGGCUGAGCCGGAGAAUGAGGAAGGGUCCCUCUCGUGCACGUCGACCCCUCGGUCACUGCCGUCUUUCAUUGCCCUCCCCAGCUCCCCAGAGGAUGGCAUCCCCCCAGACACGCCCCCUCACGCCCUGGUCCCACCCAUCGCAAAAGGGGAAAAGCUUCAUAUCAAGCCCAGAUUUUAGAGACUGUGACCUCUCAGGGGUUGCCCUCGCCGUGCCUAGAGCGUCCAAAAACCAGCUUUCCCAAGGUUUUAAUUGUUCAAGUGUUUGUAUUGGAAUUAAAAGCAGAAUGCUGACUGAUUUCAA